UGCGACAAACAACAUGGCGAGAUAUGUGUCGAAUGCGCUGCUGAAAGCUGGGAAGAAGGUCGUGGCGAUUGGGAAGAACUACGAAGCCCAUGCGAGGGAGAUGGGGGCGUUGCAUGCACCCAAGGAACCCGUGAUCUUCAUCAAGCCGACGUCGACCUACGUCGGCGAAGGCGGGUCGAUUCAGUUGCCUCCGGGCAUCGGGUCCGUGCACCACGAAGUGGAAUUGGGCAUUGUCAUUGGCAAGACCGGUAGCGACAUUGCCGAAACCCGGUGGCGCGACCAUGUUGCCGGGUAUGUCCUAACAAUCGACCUCACCGCGCGCGACUUGCAAGCGACUGCAAAGAAGGGCGGUCUUCCGUGGACUCGCGCCAAGUGCUAUGACACGUUCUUGCCCAUCAGCGACGUCAUUCCUGCGUCCAAAGUGGCCGACCCCCAGGAUUUGAACAUCUGGCUCAGCGUGGAUGGAGUCCAGCGCCAGCGCUGCAACACCCGGGACAUGGUCCACAAAAUACCGUUCCUAAUCUCCCACAUCAGCCGCAUCAUGACGCUGGAAGAAGGCGACGUCAUCAUCACGGGAACUCCUGAAGGCGUCGGGCCCAUCGAACCUGGAAAUAUCGUCACGGCCGGCAUUGACGGUCUCGUCGAAGUCAAGUUCCCCGUCGAGUCCCGCCUUCACAGCAAGUUCUGAGGCGUCCAUCCAGUUGUCAAGCUGGCGUAGCAGUAUCAGUAGUCCUAGAUGCAGGCAACCUGAACGAAUUUGCCCCUGUGCACUUCUGUUUUCUUCA